ACAAGGCUAGUCUAGUAAAUUUCCAAAUGGGGUCCUCACUGUCUAUAAAUUGAAGCCAUUUUCUGCCACAAAUCCUCAAAAUAUCUCAACCUCAACCAUUUAGUAGUAAUAAUUACAGAGAAAAAGAUCAUGGAGAAGAUGAGCGCUUUGGUGGUGUUGAUGAUGUGCAUGGUGGCAAGUACUAGUGCGCAGAGUGCGAGCAAUGUGAGAGCAACAUACCAUUUGUACAAUCCACAGAACAUCAAUUGGGACUAUAACGCUGCCAGCGUCUACUGCGCAACCUGGGACGCCAACAAGCCCUUGGAAUGGCGUAGGCAAUAUGGAUGGACUGCAUUUUGUGGACCUGUUGGGCCUCGUGGCCAGGAGUCUUGUGGCAAGUGCUUGAGGGUGACCAACACAAGGACACAAGCCCAAGUAACGGUGAGAAUUGUGGAUCAGUGCAGCAAUGGUGGGCUAGAUUUGGAUGUGAACGUGUUUAAGGGAAAUUUGGCCCAAUGUCCUUCUUUCAAGGCUUCUAAUGAAAUAUACCCCUCAUUUCUUAGUUUUUUUUUAUCUGCCCCUGCUUCCCAUUUUAUCUCCAAUGAAAGUAAAAAAUUACUUUAUUUUUCUGUCUUCAUUCCUUCAGUCCGAGAAACCCAGAGUCUUUAGUUUCUGCACUCGGCUUUUCUAUUUUUCUUCAUCCCCCAGAAAACCCACACACAAUCUCAUUAAGAAAAAAAAAAAAAUUGGUGCUCCAUCUCCCUGCAUCUCUGACCUCUUCUCUUGCAAACAUAUGAAAGACUAAGGAAAAAUUGUGUUUGAGAUAAGGAUCUGUGUAUUUUGAUUGGUUUUUUUUUUUUUUUUUUUUUUUUUUUUUAAGCUUGGGUUUUUGCUUGAUUGGUGAAAGGUGAAGACGAUGAUUGGAAUGGAGGAAACUAGUCGAAAUCAAGUAGUAGUAGUAGUAGUAGGUUAUACAAUUUAGUGGGGUGAUUAAAUAUUAUUAGUAUGCUUUAGGGUCAGUUUCUAUAUUGCUUUAAGGUCAGAAACACUUCACAAGUGUUUGUUGAAUUUUCUGAUUGCAACAGAAUAUUAAAGGAAAUUGAAAGAGAAGAAAACCCAAAAAAACAAAAUUGAAGAAUAAGUAGCAAGCAGUUAUGGUUAAAAUCUGCUUCAAAUGUUGAAUCAUUUGUUUUCUUGUUUAUAUGACACUCACCAUCCUACUAGAUAUCAUAAUUUAAUUACAUAACUUUAUUUUGAUUUUAUGUUGGUUUCUUGUUUAUGGUUAUGAAGGUGAGCGGUAGUUUUGCAGAGGAGUUUCACUUGGAAAGCUUGCAGCAUCAAAUAGAAAGUGAUCUUAUGCCAAGUGCCCGAUGUGACCAAAGUGAUUCUUAUGGUAUCCUUUUAGUUAUAUGUUCUAUGGCGAAUUAUAUAAGUUAACUUCUUUUUUUUUUUGUUUACAAUUAGUUAAUAUUUAAAAAAGAUGUUAUACCUGCUAUAUGGACCAUGAGGUAUACUAUCUAUGUUGUUUAGUUUGCCUUAAUUUCUUUCUGUUUAGUUUUUAGCCAAGGUUGGAAUUUCUUAGGCUUGGCUGGUGGAACAUUAUUAAUUUUCAAGUUGAUUACAAAUAUGCAGUUGGGGAUAGGAUAGGUGAACUGUCUUAUACUUACUCCUAUUUUAUGAAUUUGAGGUGGGUUGCGGAGA